AAUGACUGGCAAGCACGUCCUGAUCACCAGCGCAGCGUUCGAAGAUAGCGUUGGGCAUGCCACAGCCACGGCUUUUGCGCGAGCAGGGGCGACUGCCAUUGCGAUGUUUGAUCUGCACGGUGAGCUUGUCGCAAACCCAAGUCUGCUGCAGCGCAAGCCAAACGCAACGAGCCGGCGGUUGUCUGCUGUACCGACAUCAUCGCACGACUAGACCGCGUCUGGGCAAUGCACAGCGUCCCAUCGAAAGCUUUUGGCGGCCAUCUCAACGUCCUGGCAAACAAUUGCAUAGAGAUUCGUUGGGCGGACGGUAUGUUGAUUUUUCUUCGGACAUGAAGGAUGAAAUCAUGGAUGGAAACCAGCUCAGGAUGAGGCCGUCGCUCUGCAAGCACCGUUUGCAUGCUCUCCAUCAUGUAAUGGGAGUAGGAACACAACCGACCGAUAAUUCGUGUGUGGCUCACCAGCCAAUCCAAGUCAAUAACGUUUCGGGCGCUCGAGCCAAGCGAAAAGCAAGCCCAUCUGAGUGGAGCCAUGUUCGGCUAUGCGCUCGGGACUGAAAGCCAUCCUAGGCGCAAAGAUUAAUCGCCUUUGCCAUCGUAAGUACUAUGAUAUCUCUUGGUCGAAGGCGAUGCUCUCCUUUUGGUCGCCGUGUUUCGGCGAACUUUGUCAAGGAGUGCGACCUCCUGCAUCAGCGCCCCUAGAAAACAACUUUCGGCCAUGUCAGCUCGUGCCAACGGAGAGACUUGUCUCAAGCCUUUUGUAGUGAUUGCAGGAGUGCUUCAAGCUGGGGCGUAUGCAACAAGUCGUAGCGUCACUGCUUCACAAUCGCCUGCCC